CAAAAGUGAAAAUUUAAAUUUAAUUAACUAAAAAAAAAUUAAAACAAUUAAACCCGAAUUGUUGAAAUGCUCUUCAAGUUGAAUAAUUUUCAUUGACUUCAAUAAAUAUUAUAAAAUAAACUGAAUUCAAAGUAUCAUAAAUUUUAGUUCCUAUCACAAUAUAAAUUUAUUAAACAAUUAUUUAUACUUUUAAUCUGAAACUUUCUCCCUAACUGACGUCGUAGCUUUUAUAAAAAUUCGGGCGUUUCCACGUGUCUCGAAUCUGAGUAGAUUAAUGCGGGGAAGUGUUUGGAUUGUCAAUCGUGCCGAUUAUUUAUAAAUAAGUUUUUGGCUCGAAAGCGUGCACAAAAUCGUCGCGUAAACGAAUCAAUUCCCUUGGCUGGUGGGUCGGUCGUUCGCGGUGCCGACCUCCAAAAGGCCAAAAAAUUGAACCAGCUUGGCUAUUGAACGUGAGAGUGUUUGUGUGUGUGUGUGUGUGUGUGUGUGUGACCAGGUACACACACUCUUCGCGUAAAAAAUGCGUUGUUUGACCUUUGAAGUUGCGGGAACGAGAGAGGCGGGAAGGAAGCGAAGGAAAGAUAGAAUAUCCGAACCUGCGACGUAAGGUCAGGGUCGGCAGUCUCGAGAGUCGCCGAACGAGACUUUUCCAUUUUAAACUCGGGUUCGGCCUCUCGCAAAAUUGAUUGAUGAGUUGGACAAUGGGAAAAAGAAACGGGCCUUGUAUUAAUUAUUUGGUGCAGGUCUGAAAAAGUAAUCUAUUUAUCUGGUAUGACUGCUAAUCAUAAUCUUCAAAAGAGUAAUUAACUUCCUCCGGUAACAAUUCAAAAGGAUUAGGCAAAACAUGAGAAGAUAUAAUCAAGCAGCAGAUGUUUUAUUGUUUGAAGUUCAAUCAAUUGAUAUUAUGAUAACUUUUCUAUUGAGCUUUAAUUAAAAGUGCUGUUGGGAAUUUAAUAAAACGCUUUUGGAUUGCAAAAAAAAAAAAAAAAAUGAACAGAAAUAAAAGCGGUUUAUUACAACGCCCUUCCAAUUUACACAGAGCCUUGACAAGUUGACUGAAUUAUUUUAUUAUAUUUUACUAUUGCCCUCAAUUGUCACAAAGCUUUAUAUUUUUAUCAAGGAAACAACAUUAAUAGUGGAAAUGCUUUUGAUGACAGUAUGAUUGUUUGAAGUGCUAAGCGCGUCAUUGUGUUAAAUAUGCACUAAAAAUUCCUUCUGAGAAUCAUUUUUACGUCUUAGCAAAUGGGAGUGGUUAAUAGCAAACAUUUAGCGACAGCAAAAAUGAUUUUCAGUAUUUAUUUUCAGUUAGAAAUUUCUACAUCUUUAAGAAUAAGCUUUAUUUUAUUUUUAGGUUCCAGGUAGAUUUCUCUCUAAAAAAAAUUAAAAAACCUACCAGAAGAAAUUGCUCACACGAAUUUGAAUUUCAUGAAUUAAAUUUUUUAAAUUAUUUUUAUAUGAACGUGAACACUGUCUUGAUCAUGUUAUGUCCUGAAAUGCUCUAAACGUUCCUUUAGAAAAUUAUAAUACAGACAGAAAAUAAAUUGCUUAAAUUAUUUCGUAGUUUAAUUCAUAUUAUUAAUUUCUCUCUAUCAGAUUUCAUUUUUCCUCAUGACAAAUUAUGGUUUUAUUCUGACCAGUUUUACGUAAGUGCGACCGCUACAGAUUGGCGCAAAAUGUAUUUUUUACUCAAUGAGUCAGGUUAUUUAAGAUACUUCCACAGUAUAAAUGAGGAAGGUCUGUCAAAGAUUGAGCCAGAGAUGUAUCGAACGACGUUGUUACCAUAUGUGAUUAUCGCAGCCUGCGUUUUAUCGGCCAGCUUUGCGUACCAAGAGAAAUUAGGCAAAUCUCCGCAGCAGAAGCCAAAAAGGCCAGUACUCAUAAUGUUGGCACCUCCUAACAGAAUCAAAGAAACUCCCAAUCAAAAAAACAAAACGAUCGAGAUCUCAACGCCGGCCAUUGAAGUUAGAGGAACCCUGAAUCCAGAAAAAUCUUGGAUGAUGGAGAUGGAAAAAGAAACUAUCAUUUACCUUUGCAUGUUUGUCCUUUCCUACAAUUUUAUUGGUACUGUUAUUAUUCUCAUGCUCCAUUGCGUCAAUUUAAAAAGAGGCAAAGCUUAUGCACCGAGAAAACAACAAGCCCAGUGCCGGUACUAUUAUGUAGCCUGUGAACCCAGUGAGGAAAAUCCUAAAGUAAAAUCUGAUGAAAAUGUUUUUCCAAGUGAAGAGCAGGAGGAAAAUACUUAUGAAGUUGUUUUACCAUCACAAGAGUACUCAGUGGUAUAUGAUCACUUUAGGCACUUAAUUCCAGCAAGACCGUUAAAUGCUACGAUGGUUCUAAAUUAGUUAUUUAAUUUAAAUAAAUAAUUCGAUUGAUUAUACCAAAUAAAUAAUGACAGACGAUAGUUUAGAGUUGCUUUUCAGUUUUUUUUAAAUUUAAUUACCUCUCAUAAAUUUAUAAAAUAUACAUUUAGUUCCAGAAGUUUGUAUAUUGGGUUCAGACUGAGGACAACUUUGCCCCAUACAUGAACUCAAACCUCAUAGAUAUUAACAUGACAAAAUAAAAAUUUAAAAUAAGAGAGAAAGAUAACAUUAAUAUUUAUCAAUGAAUUGCUUUUUCAGCGUUGCCUUAAAAAAAUGUAUUAAAAGCGUAUUUUAACCCUGAAUUAGCCAGUCAUUUAUAGAAACAAUAUAUUAUGUUAAUAAAGCAGAAAAUGAAUAAUAACAUUUUUUACGUUUAAUAAA